AUGGAAAGUUGCUUUUUACCUCAUAACAAUAUAUCAUCAUUAAUAUCAAAUCCAUUUGAUGAUAUAAUUAAUAAACUUCCAUUUUCGGAUAAUGAAUUUGUACUAGCAUAUGACUAUGAAACUUCUGCAUCAGGAAACAGUUCUGAUAAUGAUUAUGGAUCAUUUAAUCUAUUUCGUACAUCAUCACAAAAUUCAAACAAAAUUUCACUAGAAUUUAAUCAUAAGUGGCGGGAAUUAUUAAAUUCUGAUAUGAAUAAUAUUUGUGAUACAACCUAUUAUGAUAGAAAUACAAAUUAUAUUAAAACUUCAAAAAUUAAAUCAUAUGGUGAUAUGAUUAAUCUUGUUCAAGAGCUUGUCAAAACAUUUAAAUUAAAUGAAAAUACUCAGGAGAGUGAAUAUAUAAUGAGUUUAUUAGAUAAAAUUGCUGAUCCACCGAUGAGAGAAAUGGCAGGGUGGCUCAAGGACUUACGUUUGCACAAAUAUACUCCAUUUUUCUUAUCAAUCAAAUAUGAAACAUUUUUAGCACUCUCUGAUGACAUGUUAGUUGAAGUGGGGGUAACAAUUGGAGCACGUAGAAAAAUUUUACAAUCAGUCAAAGCACUAAAAGAAAGAAUAUCAAAUUGUUAUCAGUAUGAUAAAAUUAUUACAGAAAACGAUGAUUUAAAAUCUGUAAUAGUUUUUUUGAAUGAUUUAAGUUUAACACCAAUGCAAAAAUAUAUUGGUUAUGAUAAUGAAUCACAAAAUGAGAUUGAUGGUUUUAAUAAAUCAAUUGAAUGUAUAAAUUCAGAAAAUCUUCCAGGUCAUUUUUGUCGAUUACUUCAUAAACUUUAUUUAUUAAUUAAAAAAAUUAAUAAUAAAGAGGUUGAGGCAACAUAUGAUACACUUGAUAUAAAAUGUUAUCAAAUGUUAGAUUCAAUUUGUAAAAGAAUUCAAACUGUUAAUGCUUUUACUAUAAAUCAAAAAAAUUUAUCAAAAGAGUGGCAAGAAUAUUUUUUACAAUUUCUUCCAACAAAAGGUGAAAAUACUCCACCACAAAGGAAGGUUAAAAAAAUGAUCAAAUUUGAUUCUAAUCAAAAUAAUAAUUGUAUUAAUAUGUCUAUUACAACAUUAAAUACCUCUAAUAAACAAAGAUAUUGUGACUGGAAAGGAUUUGGAAAUUCAUAUUCUAAAGAUGGAGCAAGAUAUUAUAGAAAAAAUUAUAAUAAAAAGAAUAAUGAUAUUUCUAAUAAAUCAUCAAAACCUGCUUUUAUUAAAAAAUCUUCACAUAUUCUUUAUGUGAAUGAUGGAAUAAAUGAUGUUGAAAAGUCACCUUUUAUUGAUAAAUAUAAUUAUAAAAAUAUUGAAGAGGCUUACAAAUACACUGCCAAUAAACAGAAAUACCAAAAUCCACAUACUUUCAAGCCAAGGUUCACUCGUAAUACUAUGAACGGUGCCGUAUCAAAUUGUCGCAGAGAUCAAAAUUACGUCUCUUACUAG